AAUGAAAACGAACCAGUCAGCAUCACGUGCGCGAACGCGACGGGUGUGUGCCGUGCCAGGCCGCUGUAUUAUUCACGCGUCACUUGACAGUUGUACCGUACUGAAUAAUGAUUAUAGACCGACACUGUGUAACGUAGUGAUUGUUGCUGCAUACUUGUACGUGGGGAAUUUAUACAUAAAACUGGUUAUAAUAAUGAAAAUUAUAAUAACAGUGAGGCGGGAUGCGAGAGGUGAACGCUCGUCACAGCGGCGCCGACUCUCACCGUCCACUAUUGUCUAAGUGCCACGGAAUCUUGGUCCUUCCUAUCGGAUUCCAUCGAUGAAACAUCCGUCCUUCGACGUGGACUGCACGCGAAAUACUUGCGGUUGCUCAUCAAUGAUGUUUACAAAGACUUUAUAGAAACAGAUAAGAUAAAACUUUAGAUACCUACUUGUCUACUUAUUUCCUUAUUACAUAUGUUAUUAUUUUUAAAUAUAAACAUUGUAGCAUAACACGCGAUUAUCCAUAAUAAAGAAUGUGCAAAUUCUAAAUAUAAGUGUAGUUACUACUUACCUACUUUAAUAAUACUGGUUAUUUCUUUAGAUUUAAAUGUAAUAUCUAAGAGCAAUGAACACGAUUGUAUGACAAAGACCAUUAUAUUACAACACUAGUAUCUCGUACUUAAACUUUAUUUGUGUGCAAUGCUGACAAGUACUAGCCCUUGAGUGUGUGUGUGAGUGUGUGCGAUGGCGCGAAGUGCUGUGGUGUCUUCAGCCAUUCUCUUGCUGUUGGUGGAGUCUGCGUGUGCGCAUUACACGCCGACAUGGGCAGUCCACGUACCGGCGGGAAAAGAGGCAGCGGAUGCUGUAGCCAGAGAUCAUGGUUUCAUCAAUCUCGGAGAGAUAUUUGACAACCAUUAUCAUUUUCAUCACAACUCAGUAGCAAAGCGGUCGAUAUCGGCCGCCCAUGAACACCAUAACAGGCUGGAGGGAGAUUCGAGAGUGCGGUGGGCGAAGCAACAGCGUGCUCUCUCCAGAAAAAAAAGGGAUUUCAUACCUUUACAUGAUUUUUCUUCUACAGCUGAAACAAAAACAUCUGACGUGCCUUCACCAUCGUCCGCUACAAAACGCGACGCUGGCUCCAAGAGAGAUCUCCUACAGGCGAGGGUGAAGGGGCGGCCACGACUUGCUGACUCGAAAUUCCUGCUCAAUGAUCCCAAAUGGCCCCAUAUGUGGUACUUGAACCGUGGCGGCGGUUUAGACAUGAACGUGAUACCCGCCUGGCGGGAAGGCAUCACAGGACGGGGUGUGGUCGUCACUAUACUCGAUGACGGCUUGGAGACAGACCAUCCUGAUUUAGUUGCCAAUUACGAUCCGAUGGCUUCGUACGAUGUGAACUCUCACGACUCGAACCCGCAACCUCGGUAUGACACUAUUGACUCAAAUCGCCACGGGACCAGGUGUGCCGGGGAGGUUGCAGCCACUGCUAACAACUCCUUGUGUGCUGUUGGUGUCGCGUUCGGAGCUAGUGUAGGAGGUGUUCGAAUGCUGGAUGGUGACGUCACGGAUGCUGUAGAAGCUCGCUCUCUAAGCCUUAACCCGCAGCAUGUUGAUAUCUACAGUGCUUCAUGGGGACCAGAUGAUGAUGGAAAAACUGUGGACGGCCCUGGAGAACUAGCCACUAGAGCCUUCAUUGAGGGCGUCACUAAGGGUCGUAACGGUAAAGGGUCCAUAUUCGUUUGGGCGUCAGGGAAUGGCGGCCGCGAACAUGACAACUGCAACUGCGAUGGCUACACAAACUCGAUAUGGACGCUGUCGAUCUCAUCGGCGACCGAGCGGGGCGAGGUACCUUGGUACUCAGAGAUGUGUAGUUCCACCUUAGCGGCUACGUACAGCAGUGGUGCGAUUAAUGAAAAACAGGUAAUAACUACCGAUCUACGUCACUCAUGUACCGCCGGCCACACUGGCACGUCGGCAUCUGCGCCGCUCGCCGCAGGCAUCUGUGCGUUGGCGCUGCAAGCGAACAGAGACCUAACUUGGAGGGAUAUGCAGCAUAUUGUGGUUAGAACGGCAAGACCUGAACGUCUGAGUCUGGGAGGUGAAUGGAGAGUAAAUGGCGUUGGAAGGAACGUCUCUCACUCCUUCGGCUACGGUUUACUUGAUGCUGCUGGGAUGGUACGAUUAGCCAAGACCUGGAGGACUGUUCCGCCGCAACGGAGAUGCGAGCUGGCUGCACCAAGGGUACAGAGAACUGUGCCCCCAAGGUCUACUGUUACCUUGCAGCUUGAUGUUGCAUCAUGUCCGGGCGUCAACUACUUAGAACAUGUUCAAGCAAGAGUGACACUAUCAGCUUUCCGUCGAGGAGAUCUACGUAUCACGUUGUCUUCGCCAGCGGGUACUAAUGUCACACUACUCGCUCCCAGAGCUCACGACUCGUCGCGGUCGGGUUUUACCUCCUGGCCCUUUAUGUCGGUGCAUAUGUGGGGAGAGUCGCCUCUAGGCAUCUGGCAGCUUGAGGUUUCCAACGAAGGACGUUACUUAGGUCGAGCAACAUUGCAAGAUUGGUCUCUAACGUUGUACGGAACUAGUACGCCGGCUGCUAAAAAUGACCCAAUACCGUUCCGAAAUCCGAUUACACGGAACAAGAGUAACGCAACGCGGCCCGUAAUGGUGCAAGCUGGUCGUAAAAAUAAGGGAAAGGCGAUCUCCAUAGUGCCGACAUACACUGUGGGAUUGGUGAAGAGAAAGAAGAAUAAAAACUCGAAGAAUCCGAAUAGGAACUCGCAGAAAUCAAAACAGGGUCGGCCAGCGACACGCUCACCUAUCGAAAGCACAACGAGAACAACAACGUCGUCGACCCCGGAUUUGAGCCUUAAUUUGCGAGGCGACUUAACCGAUCCCCUGGCAGACGCCAGAGGGCGGAAGAUGUCUAGUCUCUUCGAGCAAUAUCCGAAAAUCCAGCGGAUAUACCCGGCUCCACUCCGGGCCAAUGUAGCGGGUCCGCUGACACAAUGGGAGCUGAUAUUCUACGGGACAGAAACUCCGGCGCAAGAGUAUGAUGCUUCUUCGGAGACCAACUCCAUAGGAACGAACGCAGGACCACCCGUGACAGCCUGGAGUAGAUCUAACGACAUCGACGAUGGCAUCGCUUUAGUCUGGCACGACUCUCAUUCGGUAUCCGAUGAGAAUACACCUGUGCCGGACGCGGUUUCCGGUCAAAAACACGCGAGCAGCGGCUGCGCCUCGUACUCCGCGCCACCGCUGCAUCGCUGCCUAGAAUGCGCGAAGGGUUUGCACUUGUACGACGGGCGGUGUUACAAGCAUUGCCCGGCCGGUACAUAUGCCAGUGAAGUUCUAACGGAACGAAGCUCAAGAAGACGCAAUCUUACUUACUUUUUUGAAAGCUCUACUGGCGCCACUGUUAUGAAACGUCAAGGCACUGAUGCUCCAAAACCGUCCGCUUUCGAGGCUCUAGAUAUGGAACCUAUAGUUAAUUUAGAAACAUCUCCUUCUGUUUGUCUUCCUUGUCACUACACCUGUGCUACAUGUUCCGGUCCCCACGAAAAUCAGUGUACCUCAUGCUCAGAAGACGCUCAAAUUUAUAACUUGACAGACGUAGAACUCAAAGUUUACUGCUAUCCUAAUACGAUUGUACCGCAACUUAACAAUGCCAACUGGCAUUACAGGCUGAAUGUUGCUCUUUCUAUCGUCUUGUUUAUUAUUAGUUUUAUUUCCUUAUAUACUUUAAUCGCGUGUAUUCUAAGAAAGUACGGAUAUUAUUGUUGUGGUUCUUAUUACAACUCUAAUAUUAAUAUAGCGUAUGACAGGCUAUCAAAUGAUGAUAAAAAUCAAAGUGCUAUAGAAAUCGAGGAUGAAAUUAAAAAAGCACUGCACGAUUAUACUGAAAGUGAAUCUGAAGACGAUUUGAAUUUAUAGCGAUAUGAUGCUACUUUUCGUCGUGAAUAUUACGAAUUAGUUGGUCAACAAUAUAUUAGUGAUUGAAAAAACAUUUAUAAAGACAAAAUGCAGGGCAUAUAUUGUGAUAUUAUAGAAUCAAUUGUCACAAUUUACAGAUUUUUUAUUUUAUUAUUAUUUUUUUAAUGAUUGACUGUUGUAAGAAGAAAGGAGUAGAAAAAUAGGGAAAAAUAUGUUCGUACAAAAUUUUCUUUAGAUUAGCAGCAAUUGUUUACAAUCCAAAGAAUUUUUUUAAUUCUCCUUUUAAAAUACUUAUAACGAUCAUAUCACUAUUUACUUUAAAAAUUGUACCAUAGUUAGAUACAUAUUUUUAUUCAUACAAUGUUCUUUUUUCAUUGAUUUAGAUAUUUUUAUCGAUUUUUACUGAACAUAUACUGAAUUUAUUGAAACGACGUGGAUCUCCUUAUUUCUUACAACUUUUUUCCUAAAACAAGGAUCUAUUAGUUUAUAAUCUUAGCCUAUUUCAGAAUAAUAUUCAACAUUCCAGAUAAUUUAUAAGAUUUAUAUAAAUACUAGGUAGGUAUUUUAGAUUUUAUGGUAAGUAUCAAGAACUAUAAUUACGAAGAAUAAUAUGGACGGUACAGUUUCGCCAAGAAAAAAAUUAUGAAAUUAAUAUUAUGAUUUCUUUUUUAUAAUUUACAACAUUGCUCAAUAUAAAAGAAUAUAAUUAUUAUAAGAAGAGUUAUAAUGUAUUACAAUUCUGUCUAGGAUGUUAAUAAAUAUCAUAGGUCAUUGCUUCUUGGAAUAGACAUCGAAUCGAAGCAUUAUGGCAUGAAUAAUAAAAUUCUCCCAUAAUAUUACCGAAUGCUUAAUUGGGAACUAUUUCUCUUUUUACUUAUAAUUUUAUUUCAUUUUGACCCUUACAUAGACAUUUACUUAAAUUCUUAUCUCAUUUUGACCCAAAGAUAUAUUAGUAAUUGCUAUUAAAGUUAAAUUCUUAUACGAAAGCUUACAGUGUCUAAUGUUUGUUUUAGGGUAAAUUAGUACUGAGGUUACUAACUCUCUGCAGAAUAUUUCCUUAGCCAUGGUUUUAUUUUUCUGCAAACUGAAAUGCGUAUUUAAAUUAAUCAUCAUCCAUAUAAUAAACAUCACAAUUUGAUUGUGUAUUAUAUAAAACGAUAAGUAUAAUAAUAUUUUAGAUGCACUGAAUAAUAUUUCAAAUAAGUAAUGAUUAGGAAUAUUUAACAUAACUUGCUAUAAUCUAUUUUUUAUACUUUGAAUCUUAAAUAAAAACUCUUGGCAUUUUAUAUUUAUUUUUAAAAAAAUAAUAAUAAUUUGCAAAAGUAUAUAAUCUAGUAAUUAAAAGAUAUUUUUAUUAUAUUACAGUUUACAUAUUCUGUUAUUUCGAUAAAAAAUAUUUAAUUUAUAAUCUAUGUGCCAAGUAUAAAAAAUAGAUAUAUAAGUACAUUGAGUCUAGUUGCCAUUUUAUUGUAUGUAGAUACUCAACACAAUUUGUACGAUGUAAAUAUUUGUAUUGUAAAUAAAUGAGUUCCUAUUUUUA